UCAUGCUGCUGCCAGGUCCAGAGUCUGUCAUGGGUCCCUGUACGGCCUCCCAUUGCUGCUGUCUCCAUCGCCACACUCUGCCAUGUGCCACUUUCAGGUCUCCUCACACACUGCUGGUGUGUUGAAUUUUUUGACAUAGGGUGCUGGCAGAUUACGGGCCUCCCAUAGCUGCUGCCAGGCCCCUAAUCUGCCAUGGGCCCCUAUAUACCGCCUCCUCAUGCUGCUGCCAAGGUCCAGAGUCUCUCAUGGGUCCCUGUACGGCCUCCCAUUGCUGCUGUCUCCAUCGCCACACUCUGCUGCCAUGUGCCACUUUCAGGUCUCCUCACACUGCUGGUGUGUUGAAUUUUUUGAC